AUGUUAAAUCCACUGCGUGGAAGCAUCGUGGGGAACUUGAGGAACUGUGAGACUGGAAGCUCAAAACAGGAGCAAGUUGUGUCACCAACUGCAUCAGUGUCUGAGUCCAAUGUCAUCAUCACUGAUCACGAUCAGGUCAACCAAAAUGCACCAGUCUCAGCCCUGCAAGGCCUUAAGUUCGACUUAGACAUCGAUGUUGAGGUUCAGUCUCCAGACAACUCCAUAUGGGAAUCUCUCUUUGCCGACCAGAUUGAUGCCGGUGCAGACUUUAUGAUUUCAUCUCCGAGGAGGGACCUCAUGGUGUGCUCGCCAAAGAGAGACUACAUGAUUUCUUCGCCAAAGAGGAUGGGUUUGAGCUCUAACUAUGUUAAUACUAACUAUGGUUACGUCCAUGGACUGCAAGCACAAACUUCACUAGGUUACUCCACUCAACCUUCAGGCACACCUUUAUCUCAUGUGGCAGGAAACAGUAAAGGGAAGUCACAGAGUCCUCUCCACAGGGUCUUUAGUGGCUCAUCUCCUCAGUAUGUUCAUGGAGAAAGCCUAGCACUGCCAGCCAUGGAUGUGUUAUUGGAUGAUUUUAACAGAGAUAGUUACACCGAGUACAGGUCGUCCGGUAUCUCGUGCUCGCCGGAGUCUCUUGACAUGUCAUUGCUUGAAUGUUUAUCAAUCCCAAGCUCAAGAUUCUCUACCUCAACAUCUGAGGCAAGUCCAGUUGGCCUUCAGAUGACUCCUGAAGGGGAUUUUUUUCACUUGAACCACUUUGGAACUCAUAGCUUGCUGGUGCAAGUGGCCGCAGCCAAGUCUGAGCAGCUGGAGCCUACAUAUCAUGGCUUGCUAGGCCCCAUAUUCUCCGACCAUGAACAGGAACAAGACAGUGGACUUCACCUGGUAAACCUACUCUUGGCCUGCGCCGAUGCAGUAGCCAAAGAUGACUACAUGUCAGCCAGAAGGUAUCUUCACCACCUCAACCGCAUUGUCUCGCCCAUCGGCGACUCCAUGCAGCGCGUGGCUUCGUGCUUUACUGACGCACUAGCAGCGAGGCUCGCAGCCACGCUCACCGCCGCCUCAGCCUCCUCCACUCGCUCCCCUUCCACCUCACCUAAAACACCACCCUUCCCUUCACACUCCCUUGACGUUCUCAAGAUCUACCAAAUACUCUACCAAGCCUGUCCCUACAUCAAGUUCGCCCACUUCACCGCCAACCAAGCCAUCUUCGAAGCCUUCGAAGCUGAAGAACGAGUGCACGUCAUCGACCUUGACAUACACCAAGGCUACCAAUGGCCUGCCUUCCUGCAAGCCCUAGCUGCACGGCCUGGCGGCGCCCCAUUCCUCCGCAUCACCGGUGUCGGCCCUUCACUCGACCGUGUACGUGAAACCGGCCGCCAUCUUGCCGAACUCGCCCACUCUCUCCGCGUCCCCUUCGAGUUCCACGCAGUUGGUGAACGUCUCGAGGACUUGCAACCCCACAUGCUACACCGCCGAGUUGGCGAGGCGCUGGCCGUGAACUCCGUGUGCCGGCUUCACAGUGUGGCCGGCUCCAGCAUCGGCGGUUUAGUCGGCAUGCUUCGUGACCAGGCACCAAGUAUUGUCACGUUAGUAGAAAAAGAAGCAAGCCACAAUGGCCCACACUUCUUGGGCAGGUUUCUUGAAGCACUGCAUUACUACUCGGCCAUCUUUGAUUCUUUGGACGCCACGUUCCCUAGUGACUCCGUGGCGCGUGCCAAGGUCGAGCAGUACGUGUUUGCGCCGGAGAUUAGGAACAUUGUGGCAUGCGAGGGGGCUGAACGUUUGGAAAGGCAUGAGAGACUGGAGAAAUGGAGGAAGGUGAUGGAAGGGAAAGGAUUCAAAGGAGUGCCCUUAAGUGCAAAUGCAGUGACUCAAUCUAAGAUACUCCUGGGAUUGUACUCUUGUGAUGGUUAUAGACUUACAGAGGAUAAGGGUUGCUUGCUUCUAGGGUGGCAGGAUAGAGCUAUCAUCGCUGCUUCAGCAUGGCGUUGCUAAUGUUUUGUAGGUU